GCAGCCGCUGCAGGACCGCGCAACAAUGCUUAGGAUUUUUUAAUUUGAAUUGCAUGCAGAACAGCACAGCUUCUCAGCCACAUCUGUUAGAGCCAUGUUGCUGCUUAUUGCUAAGAGAUGGUGGAGAGCGAAGCACACAUGUCACCUUACUGACGUCACCCAGCAGGCUAAUUGAGGACACUUGAGCUGGGUGGGGAGGGUGGAGCAGUGUACAGUAUAUAUACCCAGCAAAGCUUUGCAGCAUUACUUUUUUUUUAAUAUGACAUAAGAUGAAUGAUAAGGGAAUGCAGCCAAUUUGAUGACUGAUGUAGGUAUAACCACUCCCUUUCCAUUGAAUCAGGGUGUGGUACAGUGAAAGGGUUCAUAAUUUGGAAGGUAUUCAAUAACAAAAUGCAGCAUGUUAAGAUCUGAUGUGGAAUUCAACAGGGAGAAAGAUUGAGGCAAACAGCUGAAAAACAUUACCAUACUUUUUACAUUAUCAUUAUUAAAGUUUCAGAACCAAAGUACACAUUGAUAUUUUUCAAAAACCAAGCUGAGGAAUUGAUUUCUUCAUCUGCAUCCAUGAGACUAUAACAGUAGUUUAUUAUUACUCAGUUGGGGGGAAUGAACUACAUUUCCCAUGAUUCCACAGACCGGAAGCAGCAGCACACGGCGGAAGCAUGAAAAGAGUAAGCCGGCAGCUGUGUGAGGAUGGACCACUGCUGGAGGAGCAGGAGACGGAGGGCCAGAGGCAGCUCCACAACCUCCUGCUGCAGCAGCUCCACACUGACGUCGACAUUGAUGGAUGUGUCGCCAAGAGGAAGUGCUUCGCCCCGGCGUCGCUUUAUCGGCCGUUCGGGGAGCAAGCAGCCGGAGUGAGGAGCCUCUCCCAGUUCCAGGCCCUGCAGGACGGGGAGAAGGAGCUGGCCAGCCUGCGGGAGCUGGGCCUCACCGACACGGAGAUCCAGCUGUGGCAGCGCCGGGACGAAUCGCAGGCGGCAGAGAAGGCCCGCGGUGUGUGUGCGGCUCCCGCAGCGAAGCAGCAGCGCCUGCAGGUGAUCACGGAUAAGAUGGAGGCCCGGGAGGAGCUGCUGUCCCGCCCACAGCGCUUCGCCUCUAGCUGCCCGCUGUCCCGCCGGGAGAUGGAGAUCGAACAGGCGCUCUUCCAGGGAACCGACCGCCUGGGCUUCCUCGCUGCGCUCUACCACAGAGAUGAAGAUAACCCAGAUAGCCAGCAGGGGGCGCCGCCCUCCGACCCGAUGGACUCUCUCUACAGAGACUUCCUCGGCAAGACGAAAAAACAAGCUUCACCACAGGAGAGAGAAACAGCCGGAACAUCACACCUGUCUACACACAGACACACACCUGACCAAUCACAGGACUCACACAGAGACGACAGCCAAUCACAGGACUCACACAGAGACAACAACCAAUCACAAGAAGCCUCUAACCAUCAUUUACAACCCCAGGCUGAUGAAAGUGGAUCAGUUCAGUCGGAGUGGAGAUCAGAGCCCGCGGAGCAGCAUCUGGCUCAGGACUCGCCAGCAGCUGCUUCACCACGGAUAAACAUCAGCCAGCCAAUUGGCAGUCUGUGCGGAGUGGCGAAGGCGAGGCCGGGGGGGCCGCUGACUGUCAGCGGGGAGAUCGAGACCAUCUCAGAGGAAGAGAUCCUGAGGAACCGUGAAUCUGAAGAGGGGAUCCGGAGCAUCCCGAGGUUCAGGAACUACCAGCCGGGGAAACCCUCUAAGGUUUUGUGUGUGAAGAACUUGAGUGCUCAGGCGUCGGUGGCCCAGCUGGUGGCGCUGUUCUCCGGGUACGAGCGUGAGAGCGCCCCCCCGCUGCUUUACCGCCUGCUGACGGGACGGAUGAAGGGCCAGGCCUUCAUCACGCUGCCAGACACUGAAACGGCCCAAAAGGCUUUGCAGUCGGUCCAUGGAUACCGGUUGCUAGGGAAACCUUUGGUGGUUGAGUUUGGCCGUGAGCGACAGGAAGACGAGAAACAGAAGGAGAAGCAGGAGGAGAGGAAAUAAAAAAAUAAAUAGAAAAUCAGCCUGGAUCCUCCUGAACCUCAGGGUGGAGACGGAUGUGUUUUAUUAAGUUAUUAUGGUCUUUUCAUUUGAGUAAAAAUUAAACCAAGCCUCGUUUUUUUCAUGAGUUUUCUGGAGCUGAACUUUGUUUUGUAAAUUUGGUGCUGAAGGAAAAACCAAAAGCUACCAAAAGAUGUUUAUAUAUUUAUAAUCUUGGAGACAGAAAAUCUUUGUUAUUUAUAUAUAUUUGUAUUUAUAUAUAUUUGCUGCUUAUCUGCCAACAAUUCAGGUUAUAAUUGUUUGUUUUUUUUAGCUUUUACUCAAAAAGCGGUCCGUCAUCUUGUCUUAUAUCUGGUGUGUAUCCACUGAACCCUCUGACCUCUUUCUAAUCAGUAACAUCAUGCAUGAACAUGAGGGACGUAUACAGCCUGUGAUAUCAUUUAGACAUGUGCUCAGGUUUUCUUUUCGAGACUCCUUAUAGUUUUUGUUUCUGCAUGUCACCCAAUGUUCUGCUUAUUGACAGCUGUUUGACUCAGUGUUGAGCUUCUCUCGGACACUAGAGGGAGGCAUUGAGCCGAUUCAGGUCGCUCUGCUUUUAAAAGAGUGAAGGAAUGCUGGAAGUUGUGAAUAUUGUCAAAUAAUAUCCAGGAAACCAAACAUGAUGGGGGUGUUGAUAAGGACAGGGCUCUGGUAGGCUAAUAACCCUAACCCACAAAACGUACUUCCAUACGUUAAGAGACUCUCUGCUAGGGAUCAUCUGCUGCACGUCGGAGUGUGUGUGUGUGUGUGUGUGUGUGUGUGUGUGUGUGUGUGUGUGUGUGUGUGUGUGUGUGUGUGUGUGUGUGUGUGUGUGUGUGUGUGUGUGUGUGUGUGUGUGUGUGUGUGUGUGUGUGUGUGUGUGUGUGUGUGUGUGUGUGUGUGUGUGUGUGUGUGUGUGUGUGUGUAUACAGUCCACUUAUCUCUGGUGUUCUCUCGGUCAGAUGUGUGUUGGUUGAGAGGGUUCAGUUUCUCACCAGAUUCCAGUUGCAGGUAUUUUAGGUUUGAAAAACAUUGCUGGAUUUCCAAACAUGUGAUCUCUCUGAUUUUGUAUUUGCUUUUUGUAUCUGGUAAAAACACUCACACGUUGAAGAUGAACUGGUGCCUUUGAUGCACAAUAUAUAUUUCUUAUACCUGCUCGUCACGACCCAUGCCUUGUCAUUUAAAGACAGUUAUUAUAUAUAUAUUAGUGUAUUUGCCUCUGUGACAGUAAUGCACAUAAAGAGUAGACGAAGCCUAAUCUGCUGCUCCUGUGAUCACACCUCCCUGCUCCUCUCAGCCCCACUGCACGGUUCCCACAGACCUGAGCCACAGAUAGCUCAUUAAAAGUGAAAUCAUGCACUUCUUGAGCGCCACCUCUCCAGCCCCAGACCUGGAACAUGUUAUCUCGGCUGUGUGACAGCAGGCCGACCUCGGUAAACAGCGCUCUGCUCUCACGACCCUCCCGAGAGUCAAACUGCGUUAGUAUCGAUCAGACUGGACUUGUUGCUUCAGGGUUUGUUUGUCUCGAGCUUUGUGUUUGCCUUCAGUUCAGGGCUGUGAUCUGUUCCUCAUUCUGCACGGUAAAAACACGGUUAGAAACUCUCCUCUGACAGCCGCACUCUGUAUUUAUUAACAGCUGCUCCAUUACAAAGCCUUAACGGGACACUCAGAGGAUGGUUAUACUCUAAAGCUGGGUUUUAAAGGCACUCACAGAAACAUUUUGUGUACAAUACCCACCAAAGUGUCUGUAAAUAAACAUGUUCUAACAUUUUUUCUC